AUGGAAGAUAGAGCUCUAAGAACAAAUUUAAUAAUCAAUAGAUAUUAGGAUUAUUAAACUACAAAAUUGGGAACUCCAGGAGACAACCAUUAUUUGAAGAAAGAAAAUUGGAAAUAAAUUGAAGAGAAAAAUAAAAACUAAUUUAGAAGUAAUGAUAAAUAAACAUAAAAUUUUGAAUCAAAAACUCAUUAUCAAUAGGCUGGUAUUAGUUUAAGAGAUAAAGAAUAAUAUAAUAAUAAUACAAAUCUAAAAUAAUCAUAUUAUUAUGAACAAACUAAACCUUAAACAGCAACUUAUUAAUAAAGAGAUGACAGAUAAGAUUAACUACAAAUUAAAACAGAAAAUAGAAAAUAUAGAGAUUAACAAAUUCCACAUUCAUCUGAUAAAUAUUAUUCAAAAUAAAGUGGAUUACCUUUUUGUAAUAGAACUCCAAUGGAUCCAAGAUCAAAUUUCAAUUCAAAAACUCCAUAAGAGAAUGACAGUUAAAAUAAAUUUAAAAAUUCAUAUUCAGGUUUCAAGACAGAUUUUAAAUGGCCAGAAUACUAAAGAAUGUAUCCUGAAAUAUCAAGUAAUAAAAACAACUAAUAAGAAAAAACCAAUCUAAUUUAAAAAGAGCAAAAAUAAGACUAGAGAGGUUUAUUAGAUAUUGAAUUAAGAUUAUAACAGAGAAGAGAAUAAGCUCAGAAAAUAGCAGGAUAAUAGGAGGGAAGAUUAAAUUAUUAUUCAAAAUCUUUAGAAUAUUCAUAAAGAUAAUAAUAAGUAGGAUUAGAAAAUAGCCAAGAGAGAAUGAAAUAAUUUUAAAAAGAACUUCGUAAUGAAGUAUAAGAAAGAUUAAAAGAAUAGUCUAAUCAAUAAGUUAAAUAAGAUUAUAGAAAUUUUGAGUUAAAUUCAUAGAGAAGUAAAUUUGAAAGAGAAUUAGAUAAUAAAUAAAAGAAAAAUGAAAUUCUUGAAUUAGAUUAAUUCAAAGGGAAAUUAAAUUUAAAUGAAAGGAAAAAUAAUGAUUAUGAUAAUUCAAAAAAGGAUUAUGGAAUGAAUAUUAGAGGAUAGCAAUUUGAUGAAUAAACUUCAUUCUAAACAAGAUUUAAUGAUGACUCCAAAUACUAAUAAGUAUCAGAUUUACCAAAAUAUCACUUUGGUAAGAGAUAAGAAUUAGAUACACAUCUAAAAUAUGAUGAUAAAAUUAAAUAUAUUGAUAGAUCACUAAAGCAUAACAAAUCUUAAACUGAAGAUAUAAUUAGAUACGAUCUUAAAUCUGAAGGAAACAACUUUAAAGAAUCAAAUGAUAGAUUAAAAUAUAAAGAAAAAUUGAAUUAUGAAACAAAAUAACAUAAUUAAUUCAAGAGAGAUGAUAAUUAUGAAAAAAAAUAAUAUUAUCAUUUAUAGAAAGAAAAUGAUUAAUCUCAAGGGGUUUAAAGAAGGCUUGACUUAUAUGAAAAAUUAUAAUAAUUUGACUAGAAAAAUAACAAAAAAUAUUAUGAUGGUCAUGUAUUUUAAGUUGAAAAAUUAUAGAGUAAUAAUAAUUAAAGAUAGGAAACAAGGCCUUAUGAAUAUAAAUAAUCAAUUGAACCUACUAUUGGAUAUAGUAUUGAUAAAUAUGAGAUUAAAAAGAGUGAUUAAGACAUUUAAUAAAUAGAUAGAAUGGAAUUUAAAAGAUCUUAGUUCUAACCUGAAAUAAAUUAAAUUAAAAUAGAGUUUGAAAAAAAAUAUGGUUAAUUCAAUCCAGAAACAAGUUUGAAAUAAUCUGAAUUUGAUAAAAGAAGAGUAUUUGAAGAUAAAUUUAGGCCAGAACCAAUUCAAACAAAAAUAGCAGGUGCUCGAGAGUAUCUAGAUUAAAAGUAUUAUUAAAGAGACCCAUAUAGAUAUGAAUAAAGAAAUAGUUAUCAUGAAGAAUCAUCUAUUCAAGAUAGGUUAAGAUUAGAUAAAGGAAACAAUAAAAUUAAUAUUAAUAAUAAGGCUAUUGAAGAUAUACUUCAAGGGACAGCAUUAAACAAAUAUAUUGAAAAAGAGAAGAAUUAAAGUAAAAUGAUGGAUAGAGUUGUAAGUUUUACAAGUAGCAAAAUUAAUUAUUAAAAGUCUCCAGUAAAUGAUAAAGAAGAAAAGUUAGGGUAUGAUAGAUUAAAUUAAUUAUAAAGAGGACUUGGAAAUGAUAGAUAUGCUAUAAAUUAAUAUACAAAAAGAUUACCUUCAGAUCAAAAUUUAUAAAGAUGUAAUUUUUUAACUUAUUUUUAGAUGGUAAUUCUUCUGGUUUAAUAGUCAAGCAAUUUAAAAAUUAUGAUACAAUGGAUAGAAGAAUUUGA